AUGGUCUACUACUUCACCUCCACGGUCGUCGACCCCUCCGCCUUCAUCUACGUCGGCAAGGACAAGUUUGAGAAUGAGGAGCUGAUCAAGUACGGCUGGGAGGAGGACGGUAACCACACCACACCUCAUCCCCUCCUCUCACCCUCAACUAACCACCAACAGUUCCACGUCGACAAGCUCUCCUCCGCACACAUCUACCUCCGCCUCCCGGACCCCUACCCCUCCGCCACCCCCGCCAUGACCUGGGACGCCAUCCCCGAGCCCCUCCUCACCGACCUCGCGCAGCUGACCAAGGCCAACUCCAUCGAGGGCAACAAGAAGGACAACAUCACCAUCAUCUACACGCCGUGGUCCAACCUCAAGAAGGACGGCUCCAUGGCCGUCGGGCAGGUCUCCUUCAAGGACCCGCGGAAGGUGAAGCGCGUCCUCGUCGCGCAGCGCGAGAAUCCCGUCGUCAACCGCCUCAACAAGACCAAGGUCGAGAAGAAGCCGGAUCUGCAGCAGGAGCGCGAGGAUCGGCUCAAGGAGCUGCGGAAGCGCGACCAGGCGGCGAGUCUUAUCAGGAAGAAGGAGGAGGCGAGGGUGAUGCAGGAGAGGAAGGAGAAGAAGUGGCAGAAGGACCAUGCGUAUGACGAUAUCUUCUCCGAGGAGAAUAUGGAGGGCUCGAGUAACCAGAAUCGUUCUGAGGAUUGGGAGGAUGAUUUCAUGUGA